GUCCUUUUUUAAUCUUUCCUGAUUUGUACUUCUCCUUUAAGUUCAAGAAUUGUUGCGUCAACCAUGGAAAUGUUUUGAUAAAUCAAUAAUGCAUCAGGAAAAGUUUAAAAAGAUGGAGGAAUAUGGACGCAAACAUCCAGAAAAAGUUACACUGCUCAGUGAAUUGCGUGUAAUUUUCAAGGAGGAGUUUUUGCUUGGCAAGGGAAGUGAUGGAACCCGUGUUUACCUUGCCCUGGGAAACAAUGGUUAUGGAAAAGCAGUAAAGCGAAUACACAAAGAUAGCGGCAAAGACUAUGCAAAUCGAGAAAAAGAAAUUUUUAAUGUGUUGAAUGCAAAGCGUUCAAAUUAUGUUGUGAAUUUUUGGGAUUUAAAGGAGAGCCUUGACGAAGAGUAUUUGUACAUGAUAUUAGAUUUGUGUGAAGAAUCGUUAGAGAGUUAUGUGAAUUCUUCUUCUUUGCCAGAUCUUCAAAAAGUCGUUCCUAAAGUUCUUAUUCAAAUCUUAAAUGGUCUAGUUCACCUUCACAGUGGUGAGCGUCCUAUUCUUCAUCGGGAUUUAAGACCCUCGAACGUUCUUCGAGAUGUGGAUGGAAAUUUUUUAAUCGCUGACUUUGGUAUAAGUCAUAUGUUAUCUGAUGAAACUUCGACACAUCGGAGCAUACAAAGAGGAGCUACAUAUUGGAUAGCUCCAGAGUCAUAUGACAAAUCAAAUGCAUCAAUUGAUAAAGUUCGUUAGAAAACAGAGUCUGACAUUAUGAAUGCCGGAAUGGUGGCUUAUUAUGUUGCAACAGAGGGAAAACAUCCUUUUGGAAUUGAACAGCAUAGACUGGACAACAUUUUGAUUGGAAACCCAGUUGGAUUGGACGAACUCGAGGAUGCUACG